AUGGGAAAUCUUUCUAGCAAAAUAAAACGAAAUUCAAAAGAAGAUCCUUUCUUUGAACAAGGUGAUAGUUAUGUCGACAGAAGUCAAGCACAACAUCAUUUAAUACGAGCUUUGUUCAAUUCGAACUUUUCGGCUCCUGUACUUGAAAUUCUGCACUCGGGUGAUGGCAAAGUUCUCGAUGUUUGUUGUGGGCCUGGCACAUGGGUAUGCGAUAAUUCCUCGGACUUUCCACAGGCAAAAUUCAGCGGCGUAGACAUAAACCCAUACUUUCCCACUCAAAAACCAUAUAAUGUUCAGUUUGUUACGUCAGACAUACUAAAAGGGCUUCCGUACGAUGAAACUUUUGAUUUUGUACAUUUACGAUUUUUUGGCAUGUGGUUCACCGAGAAACAAUUCAAGGACAUCAUAUUGCCUGAAAUGAUACGAGUUUUACGACCUGGCGGAUGGAUUGAAUUAUGCGAAACAGAUUAUGAUUUGUAUAAUACCGGGCCAUUGGGAGAAAAAUUAGCCGAGAAUUUUCAGCGAGCGAUGGCAUCACGACAGUUAAAUCCAAUAAUGAACAUGGGUCUAGCGUGUAUGCUACAAGACACUUGUAAACUAAAAAAUAUUGAGCAAGUUGAUCGGGUCAUGCCAAUGUACACACGAGACGCAAAACUGGGCAAAUUUUCAAGUGAAGUUUUAUUUCGUAUGGUACUAAAAGUGAGCGUCGAUGCUCAUUGUAUAAAAGUGAAAGACGCUGAAAAAACAUUAAGAGAUGUUAUGGCCGAGGCAAAUCGAUACGCAACUUAUGGGCGAUAA